GAGGUAAUGAUAAAUGUAAUAACAAGAAACGAAAAAUUUUCUCUUCGAAUAAAUCUUCUUCAACUUGAUGGUAUAUUACCAAGUAUAUAAACAUCUUUAUCAGUAACGUUAUACAUAGUUCACAUUCGAUGAAUACGAUGGAUUAUGUUAGUGAUUUUCGUUCUUGGUGUCAGUUAUACGCCAGACGGCCAAGACGAUCGAUGUAUUCUUUGAUUCUCUUCUUCUUCUGAAUCUAGUUGUUCCUUCUAAGCGAAAAUUUUUUUAACGAUAUAAUAUCAUUUUAUUCUCCACGAUAUUUUGAUUUUCUCGCAGAAAAUGUUGAACUUCGUAUGUUUGGAAGAUUACGAAAAAUAUGCGAUUAACAAUCUGACGCCAAUCGUAAGAGAUUAUUAUAAAAGCGGAGCCGGUGAAGAAUCUAGUUUACGAUGGAACAGAGAAGCUUUUAAGAGGUAUCGAAUAAAACCUAGAUUUCUUCGAGAUGUUUCAAAAAGAGACAUAAGCACGACGAUAUUAGGUGAAAAAAUUUCUAUGCCAUUGGGAGUAGCACCAUCUGCAAUGCAACGCAUGGCACACCCCGAUGGUGAAUGUGCUAAUGUUAAAGCUGUCGAAGCAGCGGGAACGAUAUUUAUACUCUCGACUAUAUCAACCAGCAGUAUCGAAGAAGUUGCGAAGGUAGCACCGAAAUGUAUAAAAUGGUUUCAACUUUAUGUUUACAUCGAUCGAAACAUUACAUUAAAUUUAAUAAGGCGAGCCGAGAAGGCUGGCUUCAAAGCGCUCGUUCUUACAAUAGAUGCGCCAAUUUUUGGGGACAGACGAGCCGAUUUGAGAAACAAAUUUGCACUUCCUAAACAUUUGAGAUUAGCUAAUUUUGAAGAAGCUUUGUUAAAUAAAAUGACCACAUCUAAAACGGGAUCAGGUUUAAACGAGUAUGUUAAUAAAAUGUUCGACCAAUCACUUUCUUGGAAAGAUAUUACAUGGCUCAAAAGCAUAACGAAACUGCCGAUCAUAUUAAAAGGUAUUUUAACUGCCGAAGAUGCAAUUUUAAGCGUGAAAUAUGGAGCCGCUGCCAUUAUAGUUUCUAAUCAUGGUGCACGUCAAGUUGAUGGUGUCCCUGCCACGAUCGAAGUCUUACCUGAGAUAGUGAAUGCAGUAAAGGAUAAAAUAGAAAUUUAUAUGGAUGGAGGAAUUAGACAAGGCAUUGACGUUUUUAAAGCUCUUGCUUUAGGCGCUAACAUGGUAUUCAUAGGUAGACCAAUGUUAUGGGGUUUAUGUUAUGCUGGAGAAAAAGGUGCAUUAAAUAUUCUUGAAAUGAUGAAAAAAGAAAUCGAUCAAGUUUUCACUUUGACAGGUUGUACGACCAUAAAGGAUGUCACCAGUGAUAUGGUCGUCCACGAGUCACGUUACAGUCACUUGUGAUAUUGCCUUUCACACGAUAAAAUAAUUUUACAAUUUAUUCAACGUUAUGACAAUACAAUAAUCGACAAAGCAUACACGUUCGUUGUUUAUCAUCUUCGAUUUCGCUUAUAUUAAACAAAUUCAUGUAUGAACUACGAAGAGCGCGUCCAGUUGUCAGAAAAUAUGCUAUGUAACAUAUUACUACAUAUAUAUUCGAUACAUAUUGGAUUAAUCACAAUAUAUUAUGAUAGCGAUAGACACACAGUGUUCGGUGAUUGAUUGAUUAUGUAGCGGUAGUUCCUGCGAGGAUAAUACAUAUGUAUAAUACACGUACAAAAAAGGAGGAUACACAUCAGGUAAUUAUUUAUGUAAGUAUCGAAGGAGGGUGAAGAAGUUACUAGUUAAUAGUGAAUUAAUAAAGUGCAUAGUGAAUGUUUUUCUUGUAUUUUUUCUUUUUACUUCUUCUUUUUCUUCGUUUUUCUUUUUUAUUAUUAUUAUUUUUUUAUCUAAUUUUUUUUAUCUUUUUUUUUCUCCUCCUCAAUAUUUUGAUAUUUAAAGAGAUCAGAUAUAGGUAGUGUUCCUAAGUGAGUUAGUACGUAUCAAUAGAAGUGUAAAAUUUAUUGGUCCAGAUAAUUAUUGUGUGUAUUUCAAAAAGGGGAGAUCGCUUUUUGACCUAUUAUUUAAUUCUUUUCAUUUUACUUUCUCUCUCUCUCUCUCUCUCUCUCUCUCUCUCUCUCUCUCUCUCUCUCUCUCUCUCUGUCUAUCUGUUCUUUUUUUGUUUAUUUUCUUACGUGGAGAUGCAUACGGAAAGCUUAGAAAGUUUUCAACAAAGAUUAGAUCGAUCCUAUACUUCGAAUAUAAAGAAUAAACGUAGAGAUCAAAAUACGUUAUUUAUUUAUUUAUUUUUCUUUCUUUAUUUAUUUAUUUUUCUUUAUUUAUUUAUUUAUUUUAGGAUCACGAUAGGAACCUAACAUUGAUACAGCGUAAGAAAAACAAUGCGAUUAGGUCGAUCAAUAAAGUUUUCUUUUCAUUGAAAAUAUCAAUUACUUAUAUAUGCAUUGUAAAUUAUAUAUAUAUAUAUAUAUAUAUAUAUAUAUAUAUAUAUAUAUAUGUAUAUAAUAUAUAAUUUAACAUAAAUCAAUUCCAAAAGUUAGGGUAGUUCGAUGUCUAAAAAACAUUUAAUUUAUCGAACAUUAUGCCACGGCCAAUUUAUGGCUUAUCUCAAAAGUAUUUCAUUCAGAAAAUAAACGCAUUUUUCUUGCCCCCUUUUUCUUUUCUUUUUUCAUAAUGUAGUCGAUCUAUUCUUGAAAAAAUAGUAAGUUAUAUUUACGAUCACAAAUCAAUAAUAAUAAUAAUGAUAAUAAUAAUAAUAAUAAUAAUAAUAAUAAUAAUAAUAAUAAUAAUAAUAAUAAUAAUAAUAAUAAUAAAUUGUACAUUCAGAUACGCGUUUAUCUAUACUUACAUCAACGUUCUCGAUCGCACUUUCGAUAGUAUUCACAAUAAGUAUAUGUAAUCGUGUAAAAGUGUAUGUAUGUAAUUUAGAAUAUCGCUUUACAGCCUGCUCAUGGGAGAAAAUUAAUUUUUAUAUUAAUAUAUCAUAUUCUUUGUCAAAUUUGAGGACGUUUAGACUCUCGACAAAGUGACAAAAAUCAAUAUAAUUAAUCGUCAUUGUUAUCUCUGUCGGUUUUAUUUAUUUAUUUUUUAUUGAGAACAAAUCAUUCGUUUAGUUUUUAAAUAUAUAUAAAAUUUGGGAGUUAUCUAUGUGCAUUUAUGGAUACGCAUAGAUAUUUUUAGAUAAUUUAAUUUUCUAGAAUAAAUAUAAAAGAUAAAUAAAUAUGGUGGAGUUAUUUGGAAUAGUAUAAAGAAAUUACGAAAGAGAAAAUUUAAUAAAAAAGGGAAUGAUACCAGAUAUGGGAAUGAUAAGGAGAAUUAUAAAUGUAUCUGCGUAUGUGUGUAUAUGUGCAUCUAUGUACGUCUAUAUCCAAAACGAAAAAUUGGUCUUCGCAUGUAAUUAUGUAAGUACGUGUAUCAUUGAAAAAUGUUUAGUGUAAUGUUACGGUUAUUAGUGUAAAUUUUGUUUUCUUUCUCAUUUAAUCGUACGAUAAUUAAUUACGAUUCAGCGACGUAACGUAAGUUUUAAAUUCACCUAAAGUUAAUAUCGUUAACUCUUGUUAUUUUUAUCGAAUGAAAAAUUAUUCAUAUGUAUAUAUGUCCUAUUUCUAUGAUAUCUCGUUUGAAGAAAAAAUAAUAAUGAUAAUAUUUUUAAGGAAGCAAUGGAGAAUUUAAAGAUUUCCAUAAAAAAGAAAGAAAUUCAAAUCGAAUGAUUAUCUGUCACUCUUUCAUAUUUUUCGAAAAUCUUUUCUCUUAUUUUCAAUCCGAAAUUUCGAGAAAAGACGAUUUUUUUCGCCAACGUUACGUCACUGUUCGCCUGACAUACACAACGCACGCUUUUUUCUCUUUAUAUAUGUAUAUUUUUUUUUUCUUCCAUUAAAUAUAUUAUUAACAACGACGACGAUUAUUACGUUUAGCUAAAACAUCGAAUUAACAUUGAAUCGUUUAUGCGUUUUUCAAUCCCUGCGAUCAGUCUGAAUCUAAUUGACAAUGUGUACAGAAAAGGGUCUUAUAUCUUCCGAUGUAUCUUAUCGCCUUUCUUUCCUUCCUUCCCUUCGAUUAUUUUUAUUUUCUUUUUUUUUCUUCUCAUUUUUUUUUAUCUUUUAUCUUCUCACUUUAUUUUUUUUUGUUUUGUUUUGUUUGUUCUUUUUUCCUUUUUUUUCUUUUUUUUUCUUUUUCCUUUUAAAUAUCUUAUUUAUCAUUGGCUUAGCUCUCUAAUACGUCUAAUACUAUUGUGAGUAUACCAAGGACAUAUAAGAUUAGUAUCAACGACGAGCGUAUUUUUAAUCAUUAACAAUUUAAACAUACUUCUUAUUUAUUCUGACCUUAAUUAUCAAAUCUAAUUUCCAAUAAUGAUAUCAAUCGUAUUAUCCAGGGACUGAGCAUAGUUUCAUUAGUAGUCGAUUAUUUAUCUUCCCUUUAUUUUAUUAAUCCGUACGUACAAAUGUCUAUCGAAUAAAAAUAUUAAUUAAAAUAGAUAUUAAUUAUACUCUAUCAAUAUGUGUUUCAUGGAAAUCAAGAAAGUAAAAUUGAUAUUAUCGUAUAUUCGAUAAGAGAAAAAAAGAAAAGAAAAAAAAUAGAAAUAAAAAAAAAAGAAGUAACAAAAUUUUACAAAAUAUUACAUCGUUAUUAUUUAAAUACAACGUUGUAUAUAUUAAAUUUAUUAUUUAUUAUAUACCACUAACGGUUUAAUUGACGACCGCUAAUAAUAAUUUAUAUCGAAUUUAUAUCGAUAUAGCAAUUAAUAUCAAUUUGUCAGUCCCUGUUCUUCAACAUAUAGAACGAUUCGUUUAUAACGAAAUAAAACGAUGUAAAUGCAUUUUAUUUGUUUCUCCCUUUCUUUUUUCUAUUUUUUCUUUUUCUUUUCUUUUCUUGUUUUUUUAUUUUUUUCUCUUUUGCAUUGGAAAAAUCCCCCUCAUUCUUUUGUUGAGGUGUGCAACUACGUUCAAGCGAAAUUUUUUUUUAUCGACGUACGAGAGAACGGCUUCUUUUAA